UCGCCGGCGCCCAGGCACGCGCCGGGCUUCACGUGCGCACUAGCCUGGCGAGAGGAAGUGACGCAAGUGCCGUGCGUCGCCAGGAUGGCCGGGCCAUGGCGGCGGGCACAGGCUACGUGCGGCUGUGGGGCGCGGCGCGGUGUUGGGCGCUGCGGCGGCCGUUGCUGGCCGCCGCCGGGGGGCGGGUUCCAACUGCGGCCGGAGCGUGGCUGCCCAGAGGCCGGCGGGCCUGCGACGCCUCGCCUCCCUGGGCGCUGUGGGGCCGAGGCCCUGUGGCCGCGAGCCAGUGGCGGGGACUUUGGGAGGCGAACAGCCGCGGCGGCGGUGGCGCAUUCUCCGGCGGCGAGGAUACCCCCGAGGGCGGUGCCGAGGAUGGGGCCGCGGGCGCGGGGAGCAGCUCGGGAGGCGGGGAAGGCCCCAUCAUAACGGCGCUGACGCCCAUGACGAUUCCGGACGUGUUCCCGCACUUGCCGCUCAUCGCCGUCACCCGCAACCCGGUGUUCCCGCGCUUCAUCAAGAUUAUCGAGGUUAAAAAUAAGAAGUUGGUUGAGCUGCUAAGAAGGAAGGUCCGUCUUGCCCAGCCGUAUGCCGGCGUCUUUCUAAAGAGAGAUGACAACAACGAGUCGGACGUGGUCGAGAGCCUGGAUGAAGUCUACCACACGGGGACGUUUGUCCAGAUCCACGAGAUGCAGGACCUCGGGGACAAGCUGCGCAUGAUCGUCAUGGGACACAGAAGGAUUCACAUCAGCAGACAGCUGGAGGUGGAGCCGGAGGAGGCCGAGGCCGAAAACAAGCAGAAGCCCCGCAGGAAGCCGAAACGCAGCAAGAAGGAGGCGGAGGAGGGCCUGAGCUCCGGGCCCCUGACAGAGGUGAUGGUGGAGCCCGCCUCGGCUCCCCCCGGCGAGGUGCUCAUGGUGGAGGUGGAGAAUGUCGUCCACGAGGACUUCCAGGUCACGGAAGAAGUGAAGGCCCUGACCGCCGAGAUUGUGAAGACCAUCCGGGACAUCAUUGCCUUGAAUCCGCUCUACAGAGAGUCUGUGCUGCAGAUGAUGCAGGCGGGCCAGAGGGUGGUGGACAACCCCAUCUACCUGAGCGACAUGGGGGCCGCGCUGACCGGAGCCGAGUCGCACGAGCUGCAGGACGUCCUGGAGGAGACCAAUAUCCCCAAGCGGCUGUAUAAGGCCCUCUCCCUCCUCAAGAAGGAGUUUGAGCUGAGCAAACUGCAGCAGCGCCUGGGGCGCGAGGUGGAAGAGAAAAUCAAGCAGACGCACCGCAAAUAUCUCCUACAAGAGCAGCUGAAGAUCAUCAAGAAGGAGCUGGGCCUGGAGAAGGAGGACAAGGACGCCAUCGAGGAGAAGUUCCGCGAGCGGCUGAAGGAGCUCGUGGUCCCCAAGCACGUCAUGGACGUGGUGGACGAGGAGCUUAGCAAGCUGGGCCUGCUGGACAACCACUCCUCCGAGUUCAACGUCACUCGGAACUACCUGGACUGGCUGACGUCCAUCCCCUGGGGCAAGCAUAGCGAUGAGAAUCUGGACUUGGCCCGGGCCCAGGCGGUGCUGGAGGAGGACCACUACGGGAUGGAAGACGUCAAGAAGCGAAUCCUGGAGUUCAUCGCCGUCAGCCAGCUCCGAGGCUCCACCCAGGGCAAGAUCCUCUGCUUCUACGGUCCGCCUGGCGUGGGCAAGACCAGCAUCGCCCGCUCCAUCGCCCGUGCCCUGAACCGCGAGUACUUCCGCUUCAGCGUCGGCGGCAUGACCGACGUGGCCGAGAUCAAAGGGCACAGGCGGACGUAUGUGGGCGCCAUGCCGGGAAAGAUCAUCCAGUGCCUGAAGAAGACCAAGACGGAGAACCCCUUGAUCCUGAUAGACGAGGUGGACAAGAUCGGCCGGGGCUACCAAGGGGACCCCUCGUCAGCACUGCUGGAGCUGCUGGACCCUGAGCAGAAUGCCAACUUCCUGGAUCACUACCUGGACGUGCCCGUGGACUUGUCCAAGGUGCUGUUCAUCUGCACGGCCAAUGUCACGGAGACCAUUCCAGAGCCACUGAGGGACCGGAUGGAGAUGAUCAAUGUGUCUGGCUACGUGGCCCAGGAGAAGCUGGCCAUCGCAGAGCGCUACCUGGUGCCUCAGGCCCGCGCCCUGUGUGGCCUGGAUGAGAGCAAGGCCAAGCUGUCCCCAGAGGUGCUGACCCUCCUCAUCAAGCAGUAUUGCCGGGAGAGCGGCGUGCGCAACUUGCAGAAGCAGGUGGAGAAGGUGUUACGGAAGUCUGCCUACAAGAUUGUGAGUGGCGAGGCCGAGCUCGUGGAGGUGACGCCCGAGAACCUGCAGGACUUUGUGGGGAAGCCCGUGUUCACCGUGGAGCGCAUGUACGAUGUGACGCCCCCCGGCGUGGUCAUGGGGCUGGCCUGGACUGCCAUGGGAGGCUCUACGCUGUUUGUGGAGACAUCCCCUCGGCGGCCACGAGACAAGGACGGCAAGGGGGACAAGGACGGGAGCCUGGAGGUGACAGGCCAGCUGGGGGACGUGAUGAAGGAGAGUGCUCGCAUCGCCUACACCUUCGCCAGGGCCUUCCUGAUGCAGCACGACCCGGCCAACGACUACCUGGUGACCUCCCACAUCCACCUGCACGUGCCCGAGGGCGCCACCCCCAAGGACGGCCCGAGUGCCGGCUGCACCAUCGUCACGGCGCUGCUCUCCCUUGCGACGGACCGGCCAGUUAGACCAAACCUGGCCAUGACGGGCGAGGUCUCCCUCAGGGGCAAGAUCCUGCCAGUGGGCGGCAUCAAGGAGAAGACCAUCGCAGCAAAGCGAGCUGGAGUGACCUGCAUCGUCCUGCCAGCCGAGAACAAGAAGGACUUCUAUGACCUGGCCGCCUUCAUCACUGAGGGCCUGGAGGUCCACUUCGUGGAACACUACCGGGAGAUCUUCAACAUUGCCUUCCCUGAGGAGCAGGCGGAGGCCUUGGCGGUGGAGCGGUGACCGCAGCCCGGGCGCUGCUGGCAUUCACGGGCCCCGUCCAGGCUGAAAAUGCGCCAGGGCCGGGACUCUGGGCAGCUGAGCCCCCAGGAGGCUCGGGAGCGGCUGGAGUCCAAGGACCUCAAUUAUGGCUUAAUCACGGAGUCUGACAUAUAUGAACUAUUUAAUUAUGAUUAAAACCCUUUCCAGUA